AUGCUCCGCACCGCGCUGAACGCCCCGCGAAGGCUGGCCCGGCGCCUGCGCUUCUUCGCCGACGACGCCGACCCGACGGAACUGCCACAAAAACCGCCGCCCGUGUGCGUGCCCCGCGCGGCGCGGCGCGCGUACGCGGACAAGCUCGCCGAGCAGCGGCGCGGCUGGGUCGCCGCCGUCGAGCGCGAGCGGGCAGAGAAGCGAGCCGAGGAGACGGCCGCGCGCGAGCGCCGCGAGGCGGCGCGGCGCGACAAGAAGGCCGCGCGCGAGGCCCGGGCCGCGGCCGCGCGCGAGCGGCGCGAGGCCGAGAAGGCCGAGGCGUCCGUGAGGCGGCGCGACCGCAUCGGGCGGGCGAGCGCGGCCCUCGACGGCCAGCGGGCCGAGCGCAUCGAACGGCAGGAGCGCCUCGUCGACGCCCUCGAGGACGAGGCGAAACAUUGGCUCGUGGACGACGCGACGAUCGACGCGAAGAUCACGCCCGAACUUUUCUCGGGGCCGCCGGCGUCGACGGGCCUCGUGACGCGCGAGUCGCACGCGUGGUGGCGCUACGCUGCCCAGGUAGACGGCCGGCCCGACCUCUCCGCCGAGGACGAGCUCUUGCUGAAUCGGGAUGAGGAGGCGACGCGCGUCGCGACGACGACGGAGCGGCUCAUUUGGACGCAGGCCGCGCACCCGCGCGAGUUCCACCGCGUUUUAGAUGAUGGCGCGGCCAUCGCGGAGGCCAUCGCCGACCUGGACGUGCAGCACCUCAAGCCGCGAGUCUUCCGGCCGCGGGGGCCGCCCCCUUCUAAAAGUUAGGUAGGUUUCUUUCUA